AUGACGGAGGAGUCUCUCGAGGAGAGAGUUGGAAGCGAUGGCAUAGAAAUCAAGAGCCAAAAUAUAGAAUUCUUACGUUCUGUUUCUCAAACAUUAAGAAAUUUGGAUGAUGCCAUUAAGCAUUCCAUUGAACAAUUAAAAAUUUUCAAUAAUGAAACAAUGACAGAUUUAACAUUGAAAUUCGAACAAAUGAGACAUAAUGAAAGUCGUGUAAUAGGAUUAUUUGCUCAUCAAAUUUUACAGUUAAGAAAAGAUGGACAAAAUGGUGAAUUCAAAAGCGAAUAUCCAAAGUUAGAUCGUUUUCUAACCGCAAUUGGUCUCAGUGAAAAAUCAAUCGAAUACAUUGUUCGUUGUACAAUAUUUGAAGAUUUAUUUGAUGAUUCAUCACGUGAAAAAUUACUUUAUGAUGCUCAGACAACAGAAACGGAAAGAAACGAUUUUAAAAGUGCACUACAAGCAUUGAAAGACUGUAUAGAAUAUUUUUCUCACGAAGGCGGAAAAAAUGAUGACGGACGCUUUUUCUGGCAUGCUGAAAAGCCACCAUCAUCCUCUGCGUCGUUACCGCAGACUGUUCGUCAACAUCGUUUAUCAGAUACCGCCUUACCAGUACCACCAAACCCCGAUACAAUGCGAUCAAAUUCUGUCUCAUCUAUAUCAACAGAAUUAAGCACCAAUGUAGUAAAUACCCAGUUAUCUUCGCCACUACAUGUUCGUCGUAGAGCAGGAUCAAACAUAAAUACUCCACCGCCAUCGCGUUCAAAUCAUUUAUGUGUCAAAGAUAGAAGUAAAUGUGAACAUCCAAGUAAAAAAAGUUCCGUUGAUCCUACAGCGUUUAUGAGUAGUACCAGAAAUUAUGAUCUUCAAUUACCAGACGGUACCCCAUCAAGAAGAAGUUCCUAUGGUUCAGAUACAGACAGUCGUUUACCGUCAGGAUCGGCCACACCAAAAUCCCCAACAGUACGUUCUCCAACUAUAAGUGGAUCACCAUCAGCAUCGGCACACAACAGUGAUACAGAAUAUGAUCCUAGGACACCAGAAUUGUCUGCGUAUAAUACUCGUUCACCUAUAACUGGACCUAGAAUGGCUCAUAAAAUUCAACACAAAUACAAGUGUCAUAGAGAAUGUGUACAAAAUGCUCCACCUAAUUGCGGUUUAAAUGAAAUGAAAUUGAGACGUUAUAUUGAUAAUUCAGAAAUACAAAAUGCAUUUGGUAAACCAUCGGAUAGUACCAGUCCAACUUCGUCAACGCCUAUGUCGGCGCCAGGUAGUCCUGCACCAAAUCCAACAUUAUCCUAUUAUAAUUUUAAUGCAACAAACCCACCGAUUUGUGUUAGUGAAUCAAUCUAUUGCAAACUUCCCGAAUCGCAGUCCGACAGCGAUACAGGUUCUAAUGCUCAUACAGAUACAAUAGGAACAACUGUUUCUACUUUGACAAAUGGAUCAGAAGCAUCUCUCUCACAACCACAACAGAUUGAACAUCAUCCGAAUCGUGAUCAUUUAUUAAAAUUAAAUCUUUUUGUUAAUUCAUUUGAUGAUGAUGAGGCUGAUCCAGAAAAACGAAGCAUUAAUCUUGCAACAUCUCUACAAGAUUGGGUCAUCAUUUUUGAACAUAUUAAAAUAAUUGAAGAAGUCAAACGAUCAUCUGGCACAUUACUUAAAGCUAAUUGGCAUGGUGAAUGUGCUGUUCGAACAAUUAAACCUGAUCCUAAUCAGUCUGAAAUUAAAUUUCUUGAUCGUUUUAAAUCACAAGUAUUUCGUUUAAGAAAAGUUCGUCACGAAUAUCUUAAUCUAUAUACUGGUGUAUGUAUUGAAACACCUAAUCUUGCACUGGCAUCAAAUUGGAUACGUGGAACAAAUCUUUAUGACAUGAUACAUACACGAAAUGAUAGUAUACCAAUAAAUUUAGCCGUACAAUAUGCAGGACAAGUAGCGCAAGCAAUGAGUUAUCUCCAUGAAAAAUCAAUUAAUCAUAUGUCAUUAAGAACAACAAAUAUUUUUGUUCAAAAUAAUCGUAUUGUUUUGACUGAUUACGGUCUUGUACCAUUAAGCAAAUGUUAUAGGUUUCUCAAAGAGAAUAAUGGUCUUCUUAUUACACCAAGAGGAUGGCUCAGUUAUUUAGCUCCAGAAAUAUUGAGAAAACUCGAUCCAAGAGAUGAAAAUUCAAUACUUCAUCAUACUCAAAAAACAGAUGUUUAUGCUUUUGGAACUGUAUGGUAUGAAUUAUUAUUUCGUGAAUUCCCAUUUGCAAAACAGCCACCAGAAUACAUCAUAUGGAGAGCUGGCAAUUCACUCAAACAACCAUUAUCAAGUGUACAUAUAACAAAAAAUACUAAAGAUAUUGUUCAUCAAUGUUGGUCUUAUUUGCCAACUGAUCGUCCCGAUUUUUCAAGUCUGAAUAAGAUGUUAGCAAAAUUACCCGGUAAACGAACGUUAGUUCGAAGUCCAUCAACGCCAUUACAAUCUCAAGCAAGACAAGAUAUAAAUAGUAUAUGA